ACUACUUGCAGGCUGUACUGGAUUACGCGUUCCUCCUACAAGACAUCCUACCUCGCUUGAAUUAGGAAGUGAUAUGUUGUUGCGAGUUAGAUCGAAGGAUGGAAACUUUCGUUUCGAACUUCCCUCAACCGCCGAUAUUUCAGUGCUCGCGAACAAGAUCUUAGAGACGACUGUGGAUGCCGAUUCUGCGUCUCUUACGGUCUCGAACCAACCCAGGGGCAAUGAAACCUUGGUGUCCACCCUGAAAGGGCGAAAUCUGCAAACCCUUGGGCUGAAGCAUGGGGAUAUGAUAUUUGUGGGAUAUGCUACCAAAGUUUCACAAGCUCCCGCAACACCAAUGUCCAUCGAUGCACCGAGCUCGACGCGACUGCAGCAGUCAAAUAUAUGGGAAACUGUACAAGAAGACACGGUCGACAUCUAUUGGCGCUCGAAAGACGGAAAAAUUCCACGACGUCGUGACGCGCGUUUCUGCAAACAUGGCGUCAACGGGAUGUGUGACUAUUGCAUGCCACUCGAGCCAUACGAUGCUGCGUAUCAAGCUGAACAUAGCAUAAAACACCUAUCGUAUCACGCGUAUCUUCACAAGAUAUCGCCGAAGACGUCAUCCGCUGCCGUCACUGCUAUCCCUCCCCUAUCUCCAUUGGCGUACAAGGUUAAAGAUCCGUGUCCCAGUGGCGGGCACCCGCCUUGGCCAGCCGGAAUAUGUACGGGCUGUCAACCUUCUGCAAUCACGCUCCAGUCUCAGCCGUUCCGUAUGGUCGAUCACCUGGAGAUCGCUUCACCGGAUAUUAUAGAACGCUUCCUCAAAGCAUGGAGAUCUACAGGAUUGCAAAGGUUUGGCUGGCUCAUUGGACGCUACGAGCCAUAUGAAAAGGUGCCCAUGGGCAUCAAGGCGGUGGUUGAGGCUCUAUAUGAGCCGCCUCAAGAAGGUGAACUCGACGGAUUGACUCUUGGUAUUCCGUGGGAGGACGAGCCUCGCAUUCGAGAGUUAGCCAAGAUCUCUUCAGCUCCAUUGUCCAUCGUCGGUUACAUUUUCACGGACUUGGACCCAGAUCCAGAAGAUAGGACUAAAAACAUAUAUAAACGCCAUCCUCAUUCCUUCUUUGUGUCUUCCCUGGAGGCCAUCUUUGCUGCCACUAUACAGAAGUCUAACCCUACUCCUUCGCGCUCAUCCCCUAGUGGAGCAUUCGGAUCACGGAUGGUCACCGCCAUUCUUACAGCUACGGAAGACGGACAAGUGGACAUAUCCGCAUAUCAAGUCUCCGAGCAAGCGUGUGCAAUGGUAGACGCCGACAUGAUCGAAGCCAGUGUGGAACCCGGAAUUGUUCGUGUCAAAGAGGAAGACCGCAGUCAGGAUACGGCACGUUACGUACCCGACGUAUUUUUCAGGUAUAAGAAUGAAUACAACCUCGAAGUCAAGAAGACUGCCAAACCCUGUUUCCCGGUUGAAUACCUCCUCGUUAACGUCACACAUGGUUUCCCCCAGAGUCCAUCACCACUGUUCCGCUCGAACCAGUUCGCCAUCGAGAACCGCCCAGGACUUGAAGACCAACACAUAGAAGAUGUACUCAGGACCUUGGCCAGGCUUGGCGCUCCUCAGUUGUCAGAUAGUCCCCUUACAUCAACGAGUGAUUCGUCAAAACGUUUGGAGCUUGCCAAAUGGCUCAGCGAUUGGCAUUUACUUGCAUUCCUUGAGACCACGCAACUUGUGUCAAAGGUCGACAUGAAAGUUCUCGUCAGCACAGUGACUUCACCGUCAUUGUUGGAGGAUCCUUCGGCACUGAACGCAGUUUUCAAGACCGAAAGCUGGCAAACACUCAUGACAUUUACCCGGGAGAGUGCUCCAUCAUUGCCCUCUGCAUCUGCACCUGGUCCGUCAUCGUCACACAUCGAUGAAGACAUACCUCAAGACGUGUUCGAUCAAAUCGCUGCCGAAGAAGCAGCUCGAAGGGAAGGUCCUAGCGGAGUGGGCUCGGGUGUCAAGAUUUGUCCACAUUGCACAUUUGAAAACCCCCAGGGAGAGACAGAUUGCGAGGUGUGCGGAUUGCCCUUGGGCUAAUGGUUGACUAGGGAACGAAACUACUGCGAAGGAAGAAGAGAGAAGCCAUGCAUCACUAGAUUGUACAAGUGUAACAUCGGGAAUAAUGAAUCAGGAGACGCAGAAAGUGAAUGUUGCAGAGUGUCUUUCGUGCUUUUUGAGAACCCAGAAA